CCGCUAGUUAGUCGAUCGCGGCAGUCGGCGGCUAGAAGUUCGCUCCAUGACGCUCCAAUGACUCCCGCGCACUGGCGAACCCUUCUCCUCCUCCCGACGCUCUUCGCCGUCGGAUCCCUUGGCCAGAGCUACCACCCCAACGCCCUGAUGGACAUCAUGGAGCUGCUGGAGCGCGGCCAGCACCAGGCCGACCUGGAGAGCCUCGAUGACCUGGUGGAGCUCCGUUCCAAGUACGACUUCAUAGUGGUGGGUGCGGGCACGGCAGGAUGCGCCAUGGCGGCCAGGCUCUCGGAGAAUCCCAGGUGGAGUGUGCUGCUCCUGGAGGCCGGCGGGCCGGAGAACUAUGUGAUGGACAUGCCCAUCGCCGCCCACCUGCUGCAGCUGGGCGAGAUGAACUGGAAGUACCGGACGGAGCCCUCCACCAGCUACUGCCUGGCGAUGAACGAGCGGCGCUGCAACUGGCCCAGGGGCAAGGUGGUCGGCGGCAGCUCCGUCCUCAACUACAUGAUGUACACGCGGGGCAACCGGAGGGACUACGACAGGUGGGCGGCGCUGGGCAAUCCCGGCUGGAGCUACCGGGAGCUGCUGCCCUAUUUCCGGAAGUACGAGGGCAGCACCAUCCCCAAUGCCGACGCGGGCCUGGUGGGCAGGGAGGGGCCCGUGAGGGUGUCCUACGCGGAGACCCGCACCAAGAUAGCCGACGCCUUCGUGGAGGCCUCCCGGGAGGGGGGGCUGCCCAGGGGCGACUACAACGGCGCCUCCCAGAUCAGGGUCUCCUACCUCCAGGCCAACAUCUACAACGAGACCAGGUGGAGCUCCAACCGGGCCUACCUCUACCCCCUGAAGGGCAAGCGCCGCAACCUCCACGUGAAGAAGAACACUCUGGUGACGAAGAUCCUGAUAGAUCCACAGACCAAGACCGCCUACGGUGUCAUGGCCACUGUGGGCAACAGGUCCCGGAAGAUCCUGGCCACCAGAGAGGUGAUACUCUCCGCGGGAGCCAUCAACACGCCCCAGCUGCUGAUGCUGUCGGGGGUGGGUCCGGCCAAGCACCUCCGGGAGAUGGGCAUCAAGCCCCUGGCCGACCUGGCCGUGGGCUACAACCUCCAGGACCACAUCGCCCCCGCCAUCAAUGUCCUGUGCAACGUCAGCUCCCUUCAGAUCAGCAAGAUGUUCACCACCGACGCCCUGGGCCAGUACCUGGGCGGACGGGGCUUCCUCCGGAUACCUGGCGGGGUGGAGGCCAUCUCCUUCUAUGCCCUGGACGAUGACCAGAACCCGGACGGCUGGGCGGACAUGGAGCUCUUCCUGGCCGGCGGUGGGCUGCAGACCAACCUGGCUCUCAGGAUCGCUCUGGGGAUCACCGAGGACAUCUACGAGGACAUGUUCGGCGACCUGGAGCGCAGCAGUGCCAACGGCUUCAUGAUCUUCCCCAUGAUCCUGCGCGCCAAGAGCCGCGGGAGGAUCAAGCUGCGGAGCCGGAGUCCCACCGACCAUCCCCGGAUCUACGCCAACUACUUCGCCCAUCCCUACGACCUGAACAUCACGGUGCGGGGCAUCGAGAAGGCCGUCAGCCUGCUGGACCAGCCGGCCUUCCGGGAGAUUGGGGCGCGGCUGCUGGACAGGACGCUGCCGGGAUGCCGGCAGUACCAGUACCGGAGCAGUGCCUACUGGGCCUGCUACGCCCGCCACUUCACCUACACCAUCUACCACUACUCCGGCACCGCCAAGAUGGGUCCUCGCUCCGACCCGGCGGCGGUGGUGGACGCCCGGCUGAGGGUCCACGGCAUCGGGAGUCUCCGGGUGGUGGACGCCAGUAUUAUGCCCCACCUGGUGUCGGGACAUCCCAAUGGGCCGGUCUACCUGAUAGCCGAGAAGGCGGCGGACAUGAUCAAGGAGGAUCAUGGGGCUGACCAGUGAGCUUUGUGGUAUUUAUUGUUGGUAUUAAUGGUAUUUAUUAGGGAAUAAUCGAUAAUUAUCGAUUAAAGUUCAAGUUGUUAUUAAAUAUAGUUUACUUUUUCCAUUGA